AUGGACGCCGCAAGGCUCGCACCAACAGUACCUUGCGGUACACAGUUCGUCUCUAACUUGUAUCAAGAUGGAGUACAAGUUGCAAAGUACCAGCCGGUGCCAAGAGUACGAAACGCGAAGUCCCAGCAACUACCACGACAGGACUCCAACCUACAGGCCACUCAAAAUGAAGCUCAAUCUGGAAAGAAGCGCAAGAAAUCUCAGCAGGCUUCACCACAGGCUACUCAUUCGCAACUCAAUGAGAAUGGAACUCUUACUCAUCAGGCACAAGUGAAUCAGUAUGCACCACAACCACAGGCCUCCGAUCUGCAGCUUGCACAGACGAGUCAUCUCGAUACUCCGGAUCCUCAAUCUCAAGGAUAUUCGACAGGUAAUGGAUUCGACAUCUCCUCCAAUUCCCCUCAGUCCAAUACAAUACCAGCGGAGAAUCCAAGCGAAGUGACAGGAUCUAUGGCACCACAGAACAUCGGUAUUUCGGACGAAGCGCUGAUCCACUCACUGUCCAUGGAUUACGAAGCUUGGCUGGACGAUUUUGUGGAGGUCUCACAGUUUUUCCCCCCUUAA